AUGCUACCACGACACGUCCUUUUAUUUGUUCCCUUGGUGAAUGCAUGGACAUUCCGGUAUACCAACCAAACAAACGAAACGGAAAUCAUCCGAGGCACCGAUGAAAGGAAUUGCACGAUUGCGAACAUCGCCGAGGAAAAGCUGUUCACGUGGGAUCCUGAAGGAACAGAUCAAUGCGUUUCCAUAUACCGUGACACUACCUGUGAUUCCAGGGGUGGAUAUUCGUGCACCUCGUGGAGAAAAAAUGCCAGUCGAACGUUCAUGGCUUUUGACAUUAUGCCUGAGAAUCUGAUUCUCGCUAAAGCCCAGACCUCGACACUUGCGUCGACAUCAACGCAGACUUCGACAUCAAAGCAGACUUCGACCUCUACAUCCACAUCUGUCUCUUCUGCAACUUCCACACCGACCACGACGCCCUCCGGCGCCGCUGCCGCUGCAGCCACCGACACCGGCUCUUCUAAAGGACUGUCCGGGGGAGCGAUUGCAGGUGUUGUGAUUGGCGUUGUUGCUGCCGUUGUCAUCAUCAUCGGUCUGGUGGUUUUCUUCAUGAAGAGGAAUAAUAAGAGAGAUGCUACCUCUACCACGCCCGGCAGUUACGGGCCACACGAAGUAGAUGCUACCGGCUCCUCGAUGAGCGGGACCACGGUCCAAGAACCCUUUGCAUCGGUUGGGUUCCGGCCGGCUCCUGGAUCGAAACUUGUUGAGUUGAAAGGCGAUGAGGGGAGUGCUGAGUUGGGCAGUAGCCCGAUUAGUGAGCUCGAUGGGGGCGAUCAACGAAUUCGUCGUUCCUAA